UCACCAUCAAGCUGAGCGUAGCCAUACAUCCAAAGACCAAGGUGAAACAUUUUUUCAGGUGCUCAAUCGAGAGCUAGCCGGCAAGGCCAUGAUCAAGUUCCCAAGCUUCUACACUGGAGGCUCAUGGCUGCUCAUGGUAGCUAAUUUCUUGGUAGUCAUCGUCCAGCUGACCGCAGUGAUUGGCGGCGGCGCUGCCAUGCGGUCGACGACGAUGGCGGCGGCGGCGGAGCUGAGAUACAAUGCCAUGUUCGCCUUCGGCGACUCGAUGGCGGAGACGGGCAACAUUUGCGCCGCGAGCACCAACAAGACGGAGCUCGACGUGCUCACCUGCACCCACCCGCCGUACGGCAUGACCUACUUCGGGAAGCCGGCUUGCCGCUGGUGCAACGGUCGCAUCGCCCUCGAUUUCAUCGCACAAGCACUUGGUCUGCCACUACUCCCGCCAUCCAAAUCCAAAGGUGUAGAUUUCCGGCGCGGCGGAAACAUGGCCAUCACCGGCAGCACGGCCAUGGACUUCUCCUUCUACAACUCCCUGGGCAUCCAUGACCCGGUGUGGAACCACGGCUCCCUGCACGCUCAGAUCCAGUGGUUCCAGCAGCUGAUGCCUUCCAUAUGUGGCACAGACCAAAGUUGCAAAGAAUUCCUGAGCAAUUCUUUGUUUGUGUUCGGUGGAUUCGGAGGGAACGACUACAACAUCCUGUUCCUUGAGCUUGGGUUGAAACCGGAGCAAGGGAUGAACUACACCGUCAAGAUCGUUGAUGCCAUCAUCGAUGGUGUCGAGAAACUGAUCGAACUCGGCGCCGUCCACAUCGUAGUCCCGGGCAUCUUCCCCACGGGCUGCCUCCCGAUCUUCCUGUCGCUCUACGCCAGUUCCUCCGGCAAAGCCGACAUCGACGACGCCGGCUGCCUGAAGCCAUACAACAAACUGACCGAGUACCACAACUCCAUGCUCCGGGAACGUCUCCAAGCCCUCCAAUCCAAGCACGAAAACAGCUCAACCACCAGGAUCAUGUACGCGGAUUACUACUCCCUCGUGUACCAGAUGGUCCAGCAGCCCCGACGCUUCGGGUUUAGCGAUCCUCUGCAGGCGUGCUGUGGGGCGGGCGGAGGGAGGUAUAACUUUGAUGUGGCGGAUAGGUGUGGCAUGGAGGGGGCUACUACGGCGUGCCGGGACCCGGCGGCGCGGCUGAGCUGGGACGGCGUCCACCCGACGGAGGCGGCGAAUAGGAUCAUUGCUGAAGGAUGGCUCAGGGGACCCUACUGUGAUCCCCCGAUCCUAGGCUAGCUGAUAUGUAUGUAUGUAUGGACAAGCAGGUGUAGGACGACUGUAGGAUCGGUCAGUGGAUCGAUCGAUUCGAAAACUUGUUGUAUCGUAGCGAGAGGUUUGAAUAAAAGUUUCAAGAAAAUGGUCAUUCAAGCAA